CGGGACGGCGCCGGGGUGGAGAAGACCAUGGAGAAUUUCUCCGCACUCUUCGUCGCUCAGGCUGAACCACCACCCCCAACCGCACUCGGCUUGGGACCAGGAAAACCUCCCCCUCCUCCUCCGGGUGGGGGGGCCCCCGGCACGGCCCCUCCCGGCGCUGACAAGUCGGCGGCUGGUUGCGGUCCCUUCUACCUUAUGCGGGAACUUCCAGGUAGUACCGAGCUGACAGGCAGCACCAAUUUGAUCACACACUACAACCUGGAACAUUCCUAUAAUAAAUUCUGUGGGAAAAAGGUGAAGGAGAAGCUAAGUAACUUCCUGCCUGACCUGCCAGGGAUGAUUGAUCUGCCUGGUUCCCAUGAUAACAGCAGCCUCCACUCCCUCCUCGAGAAACCCCCUAUUCUUGGUGGUUCUUUUAAUCCUAUCACAGGGACCAUGCUGGCUGGCUUCCGCCUACACACUGGCCCAUUACCCGACCAGUGUCGUCCGAUGCAUAUUCAGCCUCCCAAGAAGAAGAAUAAGCACAAGCACAAACAGAGCCGUACCCAGGAUCCUGUCCCACCAGAAACACCAUCUGAUUCUGAUCAUAAGAAGAAGAAAAAGAAAAAAGAGGAGGAUCCUGAACGGAAGAAGAAGAAGAAAGAGAAGAAGAAAAAGAAGAACCGACACAGUCCAGACCCACCAGGCGUGGGCAGCUCUCGGGCCAGCAGCAGCAGCAGCCUCCGCCAACAGGACUCUACUGGGAUGGCUGUUCCUGCUGGACUGAACCUGCUGACAAAAGCUGCCUUCCAGCUCGGACACUGCCACGGAAGCAUCCCCUGCAACCGGGACAGAUGCCAGCUCUGA